AUGCAGAUGAGGCCAAUGCUCCCUCUAAUGCAGCGAAGCAUGUGGAUGAGGCCAAUGCUCCCUCUGAAGCAGCGAAGCGUACAGAUGAGGCCAAUGCUCCCUCUGAAGCAGCGAAGCGUACAGAUGAGGCCAAUGCUCCCUCUAAAGCAGUGAAGCAUGCAGAUGAGGCCAAUGCUCCCUCUAAUGCAGCGAAGCAUGUGGAUGAGGCCAAUGCUCCCUCUAAUGCAGCGAAGCAUGUGGAUGAGGCCAAUGCUCCCUCUGAAGCAGCGAAGCGUACAGAUGAGGCCAAUGUGCCAGCGAUGUCGGUAAGGCCUUCCAAGGGUACUAUUGCAGCGUUGGUUUCUAGUAGCGGGGUGGAGGAUGCAAGCCCCAAUCGUGAGCUGUUGGGUGGCGUAGGUGGCGAUAAUCCUUCUUUGGUGGUCAGCGCGGCACGGAAGGUCUCUGUUUUGGGUGACGCGUCAGAGGAGCGGCGUCGGUCUGCCAGUGGCGCAGUCCCAGUGACAAGGAGUGAUGCGGUUGCUCCGCCGCCCCGUUUAACUUCUGCUGUUGAGGCGUCAGGGGGCCCAUGUAGGCUUGUAGGGGAGGAAAAGGCUCCCGCUGUGGUGGCUUCAGAGAGUUGUAAUACGCCAAAUACAGAAGUUACUGAGGAAAGGCUGCUAAUUGAAAUCGAAUGCGCGUUUGGGGAUUCAAACGUUGUCUUUCCCUUCUCCUGGAGAAUGAACUCAGGAACUGUUCUGCAAUCACUUCGUGCGGCGUGCUUUCUUGCCUUGGAUGUUCCUAUGGACGAUGAUGUGAACGUGUACGAUAGAAACGGCGUUGCUCUGCGCUUUGAGGAGGAUACAUGUCAAAGGCUGAAAGACAUCCUUCAGUCUGGUCGCAGGCGGGUUGGUCUUGUGUUGUGGGCGGGCCACCCCUGCACCACUGGUCUCCCGCUGCAGUGCUGUGUCUCAUGGUGUACUCAGCAGGUGGUACUGGUGUACGCUGUGCAUCCGGAGAGUGCGCUGAGGGAUCUGCGAGAGGCGAUCCUGGAAGAGUACGAUGCGGGAUGCGACGCCACAACUGACCUUAAGUUUUUCUUGACAGAUGAGGGAGGGGGCACAGAGACGGAGUUGACGGAGAACGAAGCCUACAUGCAGCUUAAGGCUGCCUCACGUAGUGGAGAGCUGGUGAAUAUUAGGGUGGUAAAUCCCAAUCGAUCUCCACCAUCGCGGUCUGUGGGGCGAAAACUCUCUUCCGCGGCUGCAGUUUUUGCGGAAGAGGUCUUGCACGUGUUGGGAGCUCAAUUUAAUUCGCAAGACGUCUUAAAACUUUUUGAAGAGUACCGUGAGAAAUCAGGGCCGUUUGACAAUGGUGAAAAUGAUUUUUUUGCUCUCAUUACCGUGAUGCUCUCCGAUCCCCGCACCAUGACACUGGAGAACUUGACGUCACUCCUCGUAAAAUCGGCGUUGUCGUGUGGUGAGGAGGAAGUUAUUAACAUCUUGAGCUGCUGUUCGGUGAGGGCGCAGUUGCGUGCCUCUCGUCGUCCAUUGGAGGUGCUAAAGCGUUUCUUUCGGAGACUUUACAAUUCAACCCAGCUCCCGGAAGGGGCUCAAGGUAUCCCGCUUGCAAUGGUUACACGUCAACUGGCGCAAGCAGGAUUACGCGAUGCGAAGGGGUUGCUGCGGCGUGACCGCACACUUCUUUCGGAGCUGCAGGAGAAAGAUUACACGGAACUCUGUUUGCGGCUUUACUACACCGAUGCCAAGGUGGUGUCCCGCGCGGCUGUGGCUGCACGUCUGUCAGGGAUAAGCAGUCUACGAAGCCGGCGUGCCAUGACAAGGGAGGAACAAGAGUUGUUGCAGAGAGACUACAUCCACGAACUUCGACAUGCCCUUGACGGAGUACGGGCCACAGAUAUGACAAAGUUUCUCAUUACUCAAGAUCCACACCCCGAACCACGCUUUCAUUGUUUGCUGAGUGUUGUAGGGUCGCUUUUAGCCACCCAUCCUGUGCAGCACCCUCAUCAUUGGCUUGUAGAGCGCUUCCGAGGAAAAAUGUCAGAUGCUCUGGACGCCAAAAUACGCAGCUUUGAGGAUUCCAUGGUUCCGACUCCGCAGCUCUACCGCCUCUGCUGGGACAUGUUGAAACCAGAGCUGCAUCAUCUUUCGCUUCUUCCCAAAUCCCACGUCGCAAGUGCCCUUGCGUACUGGGCUUUUUUUGCUGUGCAGUUACUGUGCGUCAACCGCUCUUUGGAAUUUCCACCCGUGCCGCUGGUGGAUUUGAAGCAGUUCUCUCCGGUUGGGUCACCGAUUUUACCAGCGGCCAUUGCAAGGAAUGGGGCUAUAAGUGUUGCUUCCCCCGCCGCUGCUGCCGGUGGUGUUGGUGGUGGUGCGGCCGCCGUAUCCUCGGCCUGCCAAAAAAAGCCGAAGAUCAAGUAUAAGUACAGUUAUCUCUGCCACGACCUACGCCGUAAUCCUGGUCGGCCGAGCUCCUUGAAGUAG